GUGCCGGAUGACCGCACAAUUCUAAUUACUAAGUACUAGUAGUGGCUUGCUUUACCGACAGUUAUGCUAACUAAAUGGCGAUGAUGGGUGCCAUGGUCUAUUACAUACCAGUGUAUACAGAAAACUAUAAAACCACGACCUCCCAUCCUCUCACCUUCCAGUGUCCAACCACCUCACCAUAAUGUUCAUCCGCUUCACACCAGUCGUCUGUGCCAUCCUUGCCCUUGCUGGCGUCACAACUGCGUCUACAGACUCAGCCUGUCAGAAGGGUGCCACGCUCGAGUGCUGCAAGACAGCUGGAGAUACCAACAGUGGCUGGCAAGGUUCAGACUGCACCGAGGUUAGCUCUACGAGUAAAUGCGACUCGAAGCAUACCGCUCUCUGCUGCUAUGAUAUCAAGGGAUCCUCUGCUGGAACGUGCUACGAGGCGUCGUCUUGAGAUAUGUGAUGCAUGGGUGCGUGGCGAUGUGAAGGUGGUUGCUCAGCUUUAAAUACCUUCGCAUGAUGUUUCUUGGAAGGCGGGCCAAUUGC